AUGGUGUUUAGGUCACACUCGUGGAAAAGGGUACUUUUAGUUCUCAUUGUUGCACAAUUCGCCAGUACAGUGCAUAUAGUUUGUGAAGAAAGUUCACACUGCGAUAUCUAUGAAACGCGUACAAAUGCAGACUUUUUCGUCCAUCAGUACAUCCCAACGAAUGUGGAUACCGUGUAUUAUCGAAACCUUGCUUUGGAGUUCGUAAAUAGUGCAUUUUUCAUCACCAUUCCGCCGCACGUAACGAAGGUGCACAUUUUACAGUCAAAGCAACUGAAAUGGGUUCAGGUACCAGGCCAGCGUAAUAUUACACACAUGAAUAUUGCCUACACCGGACUCCGCAGAUUUGAUGUGGGUAAAAACAGUGCUAUAGCUGAGCUUUUAGUAGCUGAUAGUAACCUUCUCAAAGUAUCAUCAUCAAUGAGUAACUUACGAACGACCGUAAGAAUUGAACAUUCCAAUUGUUUGGUGCAAGUGCUCGAUAUGGGUGUGUUUUGUGACCUGAACAAACUAGAACACCUGAAUUUCUUUGGCAAUCGAAUUAAACAUUUACAAAAUAGUGCAACGAAUGCUUGCAGUGCAUACGGUUCACUAAAAACUAUAAUUUUAUCACGGAACUUAUUGAAAACAUUAAACAUGGGCAUGUUUGCUCCCUUUCGAGUUCUAGAUUGUUUAACGGCGAAUGAAAAUAGAGUAGAAACUGUGUUGGGUUCAUAUACAACCUAUGCAGAUCUACAAUUAAUUUUAGCAAAAAAUAAAAUAAAAUCAAUUCAUCUAUGCGAUUGGAAUGUGCCGCGUAUGCGAUGGUUGGAAUUACAGUACAAUAAUUUAACUACCGUUCCAAACUGUUUGGAAAAGUUGAGCAAUGUAACGGACUUUAAAUUGGCCUACAACCAAAUUUCAAACGCCACGAUCGAGAGCUUUGCGAGAAUGGAUAGCUUAAUUUAUUUAGACCUGUCGUACAACAGAAUGACGUCGUUCAUACUCAACACUACUCGAUAUCCACCAAAUUUAAGAACACUCUGGAUUGCGGGAAAUAAUCUCACCGAACUUGAUCUAACGGCAGUUCCUGUGCGUGCGCUGGAGGUGCAAGCACAGGAGAAUUUCAUUGGGAGUAUGGAGGUUGAAAGGAUAUCGCCGAACGUCAUUACUCUAUGCAUGUCACAAAAUCCAAUCGAUUGCUCAUGGACAACUUUACAGGAAAGGCUUAAUCUUACGUGCGUUACAAAUGGAAACGUUUAG